UUCCUAUGUUUUGAUCAGUGCUCGAGAUUUUAUUGAUUUCUGCUAGUGGUCAUGUGACCACGAUUGACCCUAAAAACUCGUACAAGAUGGCUGCGAGUACGCAGUCAGUGUGUCAGUUCUGGAAAGACUUUGAUUUGCAGCACCUGCAGAAGGAACUUGACAUCACUGCAACAGAACUGGCAAACAGACAGGACGAGAGCGACUUGUCCAGAAAGAGACUGGUAGAGCAGAGUCGGGAAUUCAAGAAAAAUACUCCAGAGGACAUAAGAAAACUUGUAGCCCCAUUACUGAAGAGUUUCCAGUCAGAAGUGGAUUCCUUGUCCAAGAGAAGCAAAGCAGCAGAAGCAGCCUUUUUGUCUAUUUAUAAGAGAAUUAUUGACCUACCAGACCCUGUACCUGUGUUGGAGUAUGCUCUACAGAUUCAGAAGAAGGCUCAUAGGGUCUCAGAUCUGGAAAUCGAAAACAAGCAGCUGAGAGACACGCUCGAGGAAUACAAUCACGAGUUCGCAGAGGUGAAAAAUCAAGAGGUGACAAUCAAGCAACUGAGAGACAGACUGAAAGAGUGUGAAGACAAGAUCGAGGCUACAGCAGAGGCCAGAAGCAAAGAAAAAGAACGGGAGCUGCAGCGAGUUUUUACGGAAAAAGAGAGACAGUUACAGGAGACUCAAUUGUCCGUGGCCAAGAAGCUCGGGGAAGCUGAGCAGAAAGUUGCUUCAUUACAAAGCGCACUAGAGAAUGUGCAGUCCGAGUUGUUCGAAGUCAAAGCCAAGUAUGAAGAGGCCACAACAGCCAAAUCGGAUGAAAUGGAAAUGGUGAUGUCCGAUUUGGAACGAGCUAACGAGCGAGCUGAGGCAUCAGAACGUGAAAUAGAGCAGAUCAGGACGAGGUUGACAGAGGUGACACAGAAACAAAAACAAGGGGAGACAAAUCAAGAAGCACCAGAUAUGGAUCGGGCCAUCGACAUGUUCAAGAGAUCGGGUCUGGAACACGAACUUGCAUCCAAGGAAAAGGAGAUUUCACAGUUGGUUGAAGAUGUGCAGAGAUUGCAGGGCUCACUAAACAAGCUACGAGAAGCUACAACCAGUCAGGUUUCCAAGCUUGAGGAUGAACUGGCUUCCAAAAAUCAGGCCUUCAAAUUGCUGGAAGAGAAGAUUAAAUCUCAAGAAGACUAUGAAGAAAUCAAAAGGGAACUUAGUGUGAUGAAGUCGAUAGAAUUUUCCAACAACAAGCUGGGGUCUGACGAGCCUGAUGGAGACAUUCAGCCAAAGUCUCUGGAAGUCUUACUCCUGGAGAAAAACAAGACACUUCAGUCAGAAAACACAGUACUUAAAGUCAACAACAGCGAUCUCUCAGGAACGACAACACCUGCCCUCUCAGAAAAUGCCGCUGCAUUUGCCUCCAUGCUAGGAGAAGAAAUAGCUUCAUCCUAUCAACGCCAAAAUUCAUCCAGAAUCUCCACUCCCUCCUCACCUCCAACGCCAUCUAGCAAUGGCAUAAAAGAAGAAUCAGUUCCUGAAAAAAUAACUCCCAAGAGACCCAUUUCACUAGAAAGAAUGCCCAGUGUGUCAGGGGAGAGCACCCCCAGUCUCCCGCCCCCACCCUCACCCCAGUUUUUCCCAUACUUAAAUGGACAUGGACUCCCAAAUUAUAUGAGUAUGUCUAUGGGGAAAACUGACCCCAGUAAUUCACAAGGAAUAGACACUUCUUUAGUGGCUAAAACUGUGCGAGAACUUCUCAGUAUUCAUAAUAUUGGACAACGUUUGUUUGCCAAGCAUGUGCUUGGGCUAUCGCAAGGCACUGUGAGUGAACUUCUGUCGAAGCCCAAAUCUUGGGACAAGCUAACGGAAAAAGGACGCGAAUCCUACAGGAAGAUGUAUGCCUGGGCCACAGAUGAAAGGAAUAUAAUGGCGCUGAAGGCUAUCUCACCAAAGAAAGCGAGUCGCUCGGCCCUAGGGCUAAGGUCAGUGUUUAACCCAAUGUUCCCCUUGACAGGCCCCACCACCCUGGUACCCAGUGUACAGAGGGAAGACUCCCAGACAGAGGAGAGAAUCACUCAAAUCCUCAAUGAGGCUCAGCAGGCUAUGCAAUUCAAAAAGGCUAUGGAACAGCAACAAGUGGCACAUGCCAUGGUGAACAGUUACUAUCAACAGGAAAUGACUAGAUUAGCACAGGUAACAGCACAGCAUGGCCUGCCCUCCCCACACGGCUCUGCUUCCUCAAUCAUGACCAGCUCAGGGUCUAUCGGUCUGCCACAUCCCAAAGAUCUGGAGCAACAUCGCAGACGUGAAAGUGUGGAGAGCCAGGGAUCAGCCAAAGAAAUGGUAGAAAGGAUCUACAGACAGGAAUUAAUGAAGCUAGCUCAGGCUGCCGAAAGUGCUGGAAAUAUUGCCGCUGUUACAAUGUACCAGCAGGAGCUGGCUAGAUUGGCUCAGAAUGCCCAGAAGGGUGACACCGAGCCCGGAGAAAUCAGACGAUCCCGGGGGUCACCUGGAGAGCAUCAAGAGGUCAGCAUCAAGCUGGAGCCCUGCGAUGUGUCUGCUGAUGACACACAUGGACCCAUCGACUUGAGCAAGAACAGCACUAGCUCAGCUCCCACUACCCCUACAUCUAACAGCUCCAUCAAAUCUCCUACUGAGUCUUCACAUCGUCCUGGAAGUGCCUUCAUGCCAUUUCGCCAAAAGAUGAAUGGGCAUGAGAGUAAUUUGGAAAAUCAUGUACCAUUUGGGCAGCAGUCAGAAUGCAUAUCACCCUUACAGAGAAUGCAGAACAUUGCCAACUCACUCAUGUCCAGACCUCAUCUGGUUUCAUCCGCCAAGCCCCUCAAGGCUGUACUGCCACCCAUCACCCAAGAUCAGUUUGAUAAAUAUUCCAACAUGAAUACAGAUGAUCUUGUGAAGCAGGUUAAGGAGACCCUGAGUCAGUAUUCCAUCAGCCAGCGGCUCUUUGGGGAGAGUGUCCUUGGGCUCUCUCAGGGGAGUGUCAGUGAUCUCUUGGCUCGACCCAAACCAUGGCACAUGCUGACACAGAAGGGGAGGGAACCCUUCAUCCGAAUGCAGAUCUUUCUAGAAGACACAGAAGCCAUCCCUAAAUUGGUAGCUUCACAGUAUCACAUCCCUCCAGACAAAUUGAUGAGGGGCAGGAAUCAACAGGAGAUGGUUUCCCCCACAUCUGACAAGUUGCCAAGUAGUAACCAUGGAAACAGACCAGCAGUUUCUAGCUCGACUCGCCUUGCUCCUGAGUCAAUCCCAAACUCGCCGCUACCAUCCCAUCAUCAGCUCCCUCCUCCGUUUCACCCAGUACACCACACCCCCACCCACCACUUCAGCCAUCCACCCUACAGCUGGGCUCCAUUUUCCUACCCUUCCUCCAUGCUAGAGGUUGUUGCCAUGACAUCUGAGAUAGACACUCUAGAGUUGACCUCCAGAGUCAAGGAUGUUUUACAAUUUCAUAACUUAGGACAGAAAUUGUUUGGAGAGGCUGUUCUGGGUUUGUCGCAGGGCUCAGUUAGUGAGCUUCUGUCCAAACCUAAACCAUGGCACAUGCUCAGUAUCAAGGGCAGAGAACCCUUCAUCAAAAUGCAUUUGUGGCUCAGCGAUCCGCAUAAUGUAGACAGACUCAAACAUUAUCAAAAUGAGGUCAAAGCUCAAAGACGGCGUAGAGGUAGUCUUGAAGAUAGGUCCUAUGAUUCACCUUCCAUGCCAAAGAGACCUCGUGUUUUCUUCACAGAGGAGCAAAAAGACAAGCUGCGUAUGGCUUACAAUCACGAUCCUUAUCCAAAUCAAAACACAAUCGAGGCUUUAGCCAGUGAGUUAAAUGUAGGCGUAAAAACAGUCAUCAACUGGUUUCAUAAUCAUCGAAUGAGGGCAAAGCAACAGCAGCACGUAGGUAGUGGUAGUCAGUCCAGUCCUGUGGAGUAUAGCAACACUGUCAAAUCAGAAAACAAUGAGGAUAUUUCAGACCAGAGUGAUGCAUCUAGUAUGUCGGGAGAAACUAAUCCAUUCCUGUCCAACUUCCCAGCAAACAGCGAGAACUCUCAGUGGCUGUUUCCACAGUUUGAACCUCUGUCCAUGCAGAAGGCAAACUUCAAAUCAAUUAAAAUGGAGAUGGACAAUGAAGAUGAUGGGGUAGGAGAUGACGAUGAUAGCAGAAGCAUGUCCAGCAAUUCAAGUCAUCAGAGCAACGAAUCAUCCAAAAAUAAUGCCAAAGAAAAGAAAGCUGAGGAGGCAAGUGAAGAGAAAGGAGGCAAUGUGUUCAAGGAAGAAGAGGAGAAUUCUGGCGGGGAACAGACAGAAGAUCCAUUGCAGAGAGAAAACAAAAUGUCUGGCAUUUCUCAGUCUGGUGUCAACAAACGCAAGCGCUCCAACCCUCAGUACGUAUCUGAAGGGAGGCAACUAGACAAGACUAAACAUGUGUUCGAGGGACUCCCUAGUCAGGUUUCUAGGGAUGAAGGGGUGGAUUUAGAAUUGGAUGAAGAUGUGGAGAAGGAAAACGAAAGUGGAAAUGUGGAGAUAGGGGUCAAGGCUCCUGUGUUUGACAGACUUCAUAAAAUGGACAAGAAGUCAGUGGAUUUCCCAGAAGGAGAUUGGGAGACAGAGAGAAACUCUAACAUAGAGAAGAUUCAGAAGAACCUUCAUCAGAGUCCUGCCACGGGGGACUGGGAGUUCUGAAGGGCAGUCUCUGUGUAAAAUGUGCAUCUGUACUGGGAUACAGCAAUGAUAUUAUAAACUCUGACACAAAAUUAUUGUGAGGAACUGACGUGCAUGAUGUCAAAGUACACAAUUGUUGUUGAAACUUAUAUUCAGUAUUCAGUACUAAUCAGAAAGGGUAGCUUCUUAUAUUUUUAUACGAAGAAACAAUUUUUUUAUACCUUUUCAUUAUUUGUUUUAAUUAUGUGUAUUAUUAACAUUUCCACUUUAUUAUGUGUUGUUGAAAAGACUUGCUACCUUAUGAUGUGCAUCUACAGUGCUAUGGACACUAGAUUAGAAACAUUUGUUAUGUUUUCUGUUGCCUGGCAACAGUGAUAGUUCUUAAUGCCAAAGAGGAUCUCGUAGCUGCCUUUUGAAGAAUUUGUGUUCAACGUCUUUUAAUUUUUUUUUCUGUUGGAUGUUAAAAGAUAGAAUUGUGUUCCAAGCUGUUUUCAUGACUAUAUUAGAGACGUUUUAGCAUGUUUGCUUUUUUUCUGUUGUUAAACAGACGACUAGUCGGUUUGUGGUGUUCAUGGGAUUCCAGGAGUCAGAGACAACACUUCCUCAAACUUUCAAAGGGAUGUGAUGGAAGGGAUUUUUUCUGAUAUGUAAAAGGGGAAUUCCCAGAACAUUUUAGGUUCUAAUUAUAGAUUCCUUACAAUUUGUGUUUUUUUUCUGCAGCACUGUGCAAUAGUGUGCAAAAUGCCUGAUUUAAAAUGUUCAAUUGUUGCUCAACAAAGUUGAGAAAAUUUUUAACCAUCACCAAAACAUUCUCAAAAAAUGGUGACUUCAUUAAUUCAUGAGUGAUUGCAGACGCUGGUGCUAAAUGUUUUUUCAUCACCAUGAAAUUUAGAUCGCCUGGAAAAUUGUUAGUGACGUUCAUUUACUUAGCACAUUUUGUAUGUAGAAAAGUAUAUGAUAUUAUAAUGUUGGUGUCCUUUUAACAGAAUCAACACAAGUACUAAUGUUAUGACUUUAUGAUAUUUACUACGACUUAUAAUUACACCUGUAGUGAUCAAGAGCACACAAUACAGGUUUCAGUUUUUGUCAUGGUAGUUCAGCCAUUUCAGGGAUAGGUCAGUACAUGUGUUUUUUCUGUAAAUGCCAAAAAUAAUUUCAAGGUUUCUUUCAAAAUUAUGCUUGCUACACCUUUUUCUCGAGUAGAUUUUACUCUACACAUAAAAAGAAUCAAACAUCAUGUAUCAUACCAUGCUGUAUGAACAAUAAUCUAAGAAUUUUUUUUCCAAGUGCCUGCUUUUCUUGCUCAAAACAAGAUAAAUUCUUUGACAACCCAUUUGCAUCUGUGUGUACAUAAGUAUAUUCAUUGUUAGAAUUUUCAGAUUUUGUUGUAGAAUGUAAUCUGCUUUUAAAUAUUAUAUAUAUAUCUGAAUUUUAUGUUUUUGUAUAGUUGUGCAAUAUUUCUGUAUUCUACAAAACAUUUAUUUUGGUUUUAUUUUGUACAUUUAGCCAGGGGUACCAGCAAUGGUGUUGUUUUUAUUCAAGUGCUGCCUACACUACUAAUAUUUUCCAAAGAUCGACACAAAUUUUUAUCCACAAAAAUUUUAAGAAUAUAAACUGUACCAAUUCUUUAAAAUGUUUAAUCUUUUAGGUACUAGUUUGUAAAAUGCUCUAAUAUUUUUGGACUGUAUAUAAAGUAGAACCCACCAAUAUUAUUUUGAAUUCAAUUUUAAAUAUUUUUAUUUAGCAUGUAAGAUUAACCAUUGCUUUUAAGCAACCUCCAAGGGCUCUCAUUUCUUGACACAACUAGGUUGUUAACAUUUAAUUAUAUUUUUAUUUUUUGGCUUUAAUUUUUACAUAGAAUGGUUUAGCAGGCAUUAACUGUUGAUUUAUUUUAGCAUUAUUAAAAUUGUGUUCAUUUCUUUGGGUAGUGUGCAAAUAUUAAACUACAGAGAAAGGUAACUGGUGAAUAUAUCUAUCCGAUAUAUACAGUUUCGAUCUUUAACUUGUUUUUCCGACAAGUUCAUUAAUUCAUUUAAAAUCAAAGAUUCUGACAAUUAAUUACAUUUAUAUAAAGCAUUAAUAAUAUUAACAAUUAAUUCAAUGUCAUUUACACAAGAUAAUCGUAAAAUUAAUCACAAAAAUAUAAUCAAGGUAAAUACUAUAUAAAGAGAAAGCUAUGUGUUGUUUAUUUGUUUUCUCUAAGUUUAUUUUAGAAUGCCUGUAACUGUAAAUGGUUAAGGCUGACUUAUUCAUAUUUUUGAUUUGCUGUUUGAAAAGUGUAUUUUUUGUUCCCUAGAGAGAAUAGUUAAUAUUUUGUUAAGUAAAAGAACCAUAUUAUAUAUUUUUUUUAUUUAAAUUGAUAAAAAAAAAAUGAAAGUCAACACACCUUUUUUUCUUCUCUGUCCCUUAAGGUAUUUUAAAAAUACUUAUUUUAAAUUGAUAUUAACUUCAUUAAAAGGUGUCAUUUCAAAUGACACUUUGAAUAUAGAAAUUCUUAUGUGUGACACAAUUUUUUGUUUCUAUACAUAAAGAUAACUGCAUUACUGACACAAAAAAAAUGUCUUUCAUGAAAAUAGUGUUAGUGAACCUUGCAUUGAAUUAAUUUUUAGUAGAAAACAAAAAAAGGCAUGAAAGUGUUGUUUUGUGAAUUUAUAAUUUUUCCCCCUUUUUUUUUUGCUUGAGGUUGUACAGCUUAUGUCAUCCAAUAUGUAUUCAAUAGAUAGCAUUUUCUCUACCACCACUUUUUCUAUUCUUAUGAAAGAGGCGUACAAGUGAUAUCUACUCACUUUUUGGUGGAAAUUCCAAUUCUGACAGUAUUUGAUGAAGUAUUUUACGUUUAAAUGUUAUUCAAAAUCUAUUUCUCUUUGUUUUAUUUUGUUUAAUUUUAUGUCAAAGUUUUUUCUUGCAAUUUUAUCCCUCCCCCUCAAUUGUAUUUAACAUGGGGGGACGUCUACGUAAUGUUGUGAAUGUAAUAUAACCCUACAUAAAUGGUUUUGGUGAAAUGAUAACAGAUUUUAAGAAAAAUGUUUAUUAUAAUCAUAUGCCAGAAUUUAUUUAUACAGGUAUGACCUAUUUGUCAGUGAAAUCUGAAGACUUGAAAUAGCUUUAAUUUGGAGUAGAAAUCCUUAAAAAUUCUGUGAACACUUGUUACCUUGACAACCUGUAUAGAGACAAUCUGGCGGCCAUGUCUUGAUGGUGAAGAGCACUGUUUAGUCUAAAUAGCCCCACUUCCUUUGUAUGUGUGUGUCUUUUUUUGUUGAAUAAAUCCAGCUGUAACUAUUAUUUCUAUCUCCCCUUCAUAUAAACUUUUUUCUAGAGGAUAUGCAUUUGCCUCUAUUUUAUUAAUUUCAUUUGCCUUUCUCCUAAAGGGUCACUUGGACCCUGCAGAUUUUUUUCCUGGCUUGUAAUUAAUAGCCAUUUCCUGGGAAACUACAAAAAAAAAAUAGAAAGGACCUUUAUAGAUCCCACCUCUGCUACAAACCAAAGUUUAAUUUUUUGUUCUUUUUUUGUAUGUUUAUUAUUUUUCAAUCUACCCAGCUUUGUGUUUGUGAAAUAUUUUUGUAAUAAAAUUGUCUAAAGACCAUUUCAGAAUUAAGGGCAUUAUGAGAAAUAUUUGCCAAAAUAUUCAGAGCAUCCCCCAUUUUUUUUUUAAAUACACUACAUGUUCCUUUGUAAGAAAAAACUUAGUUUCUUUCUUUUGUUAUUUUAAAUAUAGAAGAUAGAUUUAUUACCUGUUUUGUUUUUAGAUGGUUCUUCUUUGUACAAUAAUAGUUUGUUUUAGGUAAGACACAAAAUUUGCUCAGUAUUCAGUUCUUUUUCAAGAUUUCAAAUCCUUGGACAUGAAUGAAAGUGUUAAACAUAAUCACGUCUAGUCUGAGAGUGGCUACAGCCUGUUUCUAUAUAUAUUGUAUCAUAUCUACAUGUUCAUUAUAACACAGUGCAUUUCAAAUGUUUUAUUUUAUUUGUUAUCCAUACCUACUAAAGAUAAGUAUAUAUAUAUAGGUGCUUAAACAUCAAUAAAUAUUUCUAAACUGAAA